GAGAUCUCUUCCUUUACUUCCCUCCUCCCUCCCUUCGAUUUAGUUCUUCGUCGGAUCUGAAUCGUGUGACUGGAUCGGGAAGAUUAUCGGAACCGGGAAUGGACAAUGCCGAUGCUGAAGGUGGUAGAGAUGAAGGAUUACAGGGGAAAGGAGGUCGGAAAUACAGACCCGUCGUCGCCAACAACGAUCGUGCCGUCGUCGAGAUGUCAUCCAUGGAUCUUGGAUCUUCCUCUUCUGCUCAACCUCCCGCCCAUCAACCGUCUCUCACGAAAAUAAAAGUAGGCACAAAUGCAAACAUGGGUGCGGAGGGAAGGGAAGGUUCAGCACCCGCUGAUGAGCAAGCCAAUGGCCCCCCUGGGGAGCAUAAGUUGGAAUUGUUUGGUUUUGAUUCUCUUGUCAAUAUUCUAGGUCUCAAAAGUAUGACAGGGGAGCACGUUCAAACGCCUUCUAGCCCUAGGGUUGGUGAAGAUGCCUUCACCACAGAUGGACGUCGAAAGCCUUCUGAUGUCAAACUGGGUACAAUGAUGGGUGUGUUUGUUCCAUGCCUGCAAAACAUAUUGGGAAUUAUCUACUAUAUCCGAUUUUCUUGGAUUGUUGGCAUGGCUGGCAUUGGUGAAUCACUAUUACUGGUAGCAUUUUGUGGAUUGUGUACUUUCUUGACUUCAAUAUCAUUGAGUGCAAUUGCAACUAAUGGAGCCAUGAAGGGUGGGGGUCCAUAUUAUCUCAUAGGCCGUGCUCUUGGUCCUGAGGUGGGAGUUAGCAUUGGAUUAUGUUUCUUCCUUGGCAAUGCAAUUGCUGGAGCUCUUUAUGUUCUGGGAGCUGUAGAGACCUUUUUAAAAGCUAUGCCUGCUGCUGAGAUUUUUACUGAGGCUACUACAAAGGUUAAUGGUACAAUAUCAGAACCAGUACAGAGUAUAAGUUCCCAUGACCUGCAAAUUUAUGGGAUUGUUGUGACCAUCAUUCUAUGUCUUAUUGUUUUUGGUGGAGUGAAAAUGAUAAAUCGUGUUGCCCCUGCUUUCCUCAUACCUGUUUUAUUCUCAGUCUUCUGCAUAAUUAUUGGGAUCUUUUUGGCAAGGAAGGAUGACCCUGUAGCUGGAGUUACUGGCCUGAGUUUGGAAAGCUUUAAGGAGAACUGGGGUUCAGAUUAUCAGACUACUAAUGAAGCUGGAAUCCCUGAUGCUGAUGGAAAGGUGUACUGGAAUUUCAAUGCAUUGGUUGGUCUGUUUUUUCCUGCCGUGACAGGAAUUAUGGCAGGUUCAAAUCGAUCAGCCUCACUGAAGGACACCCAGCGUUCAAUACCCAUUGGAACACUGGCUGCAACUCUCACAACUACAGGACUGUAUCUGAUCUCUGUCUUACUUUUUGGAGCUGUUGCAACUAGAGAAAAGCUCUUGACAGACAGGCUACUUACGGCUUCAGUUGCUUGGCCAUUCCCAGUGAUUGUUCAAAUUGGAAUUAUUCUUUCAACCUUAGGUGCAGCUCUUCAGAGCUUGACAGGUGCUCCUCGCCUUCUUGCAGCAAUAGCUAAUGACGAUAUUCUCCCUAUUCUCAAUUAUUUUAAGGUUGCAGAUGGAAAAGAGCCUUACAUUGCUACCCUCUUUACUUCUAUCAUCUGUGCUGGGUGUGUUGUUAUUGGGAAUCUGGAUCUUAUCACACCAACUAUAACCAUGUUUUUCCUUCUGUGUUAUGCGGGUGUAAACUUGUCCUGCUUCCUUCUGGAUCUCCUAGAUGCUCCCAGUUGGCGACCUCGGUGGAAAUUUCACCAUUGGAGUUUUUCUCUGCUUGGAGCCUCUAUUAAUAUUGUGAUCAUGUUCUUGAUCUCUUGGUCAUUUACCAUCGUAUCUUUGGCCCUUGCAAGUCUCAUAUAUUAUUACGUGAGUAUUAAAGGAAAGGCCGGGGACUGGGGUGAUGGUUUCAAAAGUGCAUAUUUUCAACUAGCCCUUCGCAGUCUUAGAUCAUUAGGAGCAAACCAAGUGCACCCAAAGAACUGGUAUCCCAUCCCACUAAUAUUCUGCCGGCCAUGGGGAAAGCUGCCAGAUAAUGUACCAUGCCAUCCCAAACUUGCUGACUUUGCCAACUGCAUGAAGAAAAAAGGCCGUGGAAUGUCCAUAUUUUUUGCCAUACUGGAUGGUGACUAUUAUGAACGUGCUGAAGAUGCCAAGGCAGCCUGCAAGCAAUUAGAUGCCUACAUUGAGUAUAAGCGUUGUGAAGGUGUUGCAGAGAUAGUUGUAGCCCCUAGUAUGACUGAAGGCUUCCGUGGAAUUGUACAGACCAUGGGCCUCGGCAAUCUCAAACCUAAUAUUGUGGUGAUGCGGUACCCCGAAAUAUGGCGUCGUGAAAACCUAUCUCAAAUCCCAGCCACGUUUGUUUCAAUAAUCAACGACUGCAUUGUUGCAAACAAGGCAGUUGUCAUUGUGAAAGGCCUCGAUGAAUGGCCCAACGAAUAUCAAAGGCAAUAUGGUACCAUUGAUUUGUAUUGGAUUGUAAGAGAUGGUGGUCUGAUGCUCCUUCUGUCUCAGCUGCUUCUCACAAAAGAGAGCUUUGAGAGCUGUAAGAUUCAGGUCUUUUGCAUUGCAGAGGAGGAUUCAGAUGCAGAGGCACUCAAGGCUGAUGUGAAGAAGUUUUUAUACGAUCUUCGAAUGCAAGCAGAAGUGAUUGUUAUAACAAUAAAGUCAUGGGAUUUGCAAGUUGAAGGUGGAGGUCAACAAGAUGAAUCUAUGGAAGCAUUUAAUUCUGCUCAGAAGCGGAUCAUAAAUUACUUGGCUGAAAUAAAGGCGACAGCUGAAAAAAAUGGGACGCCAUUGAUAACUGAUGGCAAGCCUGUUGUAGUAAACGAGCAACAGGUGGAGAAGUUUCUUUUUACAACCCUGAAACUUAACUCGACAAUAUUGAGAUACUCAAGAAUGGCUGCUGUUGUGCUUGUAAGUUUGCCACCACCUCCAGUCAACCAUCCGGCAUACUGCUACAUGGAGUACAUGGAUCUGUUGGUAGAAAAAGUAUCAAGGAUUUUGCUCGUAAGAGGGUACCGUAGAGAUGUUGUGACUCUAUUCACGUAGUUGCCUGUGGAUUCCUUCAUCAGAUCGUGGCAGCCACACUGUUCAUAUGGUUCUUUUACCCUACUACAUUUUUGUAGUAUGCACUGUUACGUUCAUUCUUUUCCUGCCACUCCCGUUGACGGCAUUUUUGUUGCCUAAUUUACUGCUUCCUUCAAGAUUUAACAAAAAAAAAAAAAGAAUAGAAAUUAUAGUCCCCUUUGGGAUAUGCAAAGAUUUGUCAUACUCUUCUACCAAAAUAAACAAAAAAGAUUUGUUAUAUUUCAUGAAAAUAUCUCAGCCUGUCUCUUUCCUUCGAUGUAGACCCCCUAAAAUUCUCUUG